AUGUCUGACCCGAGCGCCAGGCGCAGGCUGAGCUCCGGGUCCCGGUCGCUGCCGGCGCCGCGCCGGGGCGUACCAUUGCGCUUGCUGUCCCGCGCAUCCCGUCGUGCCUCGGCUCCCGGGCCGCGCGGAGAAGCCGCCCGGCGCGCCCCCCACCUCUUCUUGGUGAAGCUUUGAUGAGACCCUUGAACUGCAGCCGCCACCGUUGCUGUGGGGCCGGUGGAGAGCAGCAUCACGACGGGGACCGGGGUUGGGCGCAGGGGCCAGGAGCGGGACAACGAUGUGACUCCGCUGCCGGGGACCCGAGAGCUUUGUGUGGACACCGAGUUCCACCAGGUGAGAAGAGUGAUGACCAUCCUUUUCCUUACUAUGGUUAUUUCAUACUUUGGUUGCAUGAAGGCUGCCCCCAUGAAAGAAGCAAACGUCCGAGGACAAGGCAGCUUGGCCUACCCAGGUGUGCGGACCCAUGGGACUCUGGAGAGCGUGAAUGGGCCCAAGGCAGGUUCACGAGGCCUGACAUCAUUGGCUGACACUUUUGAACACGUGAUUGAAGAGCUGUUGGACGAGGACCAGAAAGUUCGACCCAAUGAAGAAAACAAUAAGGACGCGGACUUGUACACUUCCAGGGUGAUGCUCAGUAGUCAAGUGCCUUUGGAGCCUCCUCUUCUCUUUCUGCUUGAGGAAUACAAAAAUUACCUGGAUGCUGCAAACAUGUCUAUGAGGGUCCGGCGCCACUCCGACCCCGCCCGCCGCGGGGAGCUAAGUGUGUGUGACAGUAUUAGCGAGUGGGUCACGGCGGCAGAUAAAAAGACUGCAGUGGACAUGUCGGGUGGAACCGUCACAGUCCUGGAAAAAGUCCCUGUGUCGAAAGGCCAACUGAAGCAAUACUUCUACGAGACCAAGUGCAAUCCCAUGGGCUACACGAAAGAAGGCUGCAGGGGCAUAGACAAAAGGCAUUGGAACUCGCAGUGCCGAACUACCCAGUCGUACGUGCGGGCUCUUACCAUGGAUAGCAAAAAGCGAAUUGGCUGGCGCUUCAUAAGGAUAGACACUUCCUGUGUAUGUACAUUGACCAUUAAAAGGGGAAGAUAGUGGAUUUAUGUUGUAUAGAUUAUAUUGAGACAAAAAUUAUCUAUUUGUAUAUAUACAUAACAGGGUAAAUUAUUCAGUUAAGAAAAAAUAAUUUUAUGAACUGCAUGUAUAAAUGAAGUUUAUACAGUACAGUGGUUCUACAAUCUAUUUAUUGGACAUGUCCAUGACCAGAAGGGAAACAGUCAUUUGCGCACAACUUUAAAAAGUCUGCAUUACAUUCCUCGAUAAUGUUGUGGUUUGUUGCCGUUGCCAAGAAUUGAAAACAUAAAAAGUUUAAAAAAAUAAUAAUAAAUUGCAUGCUGCUUUAAUUGUGAAUUGAUAAUAAACUGUCCUCUUUCAGAAAACAGACAAAAAAACAAAAAACAAAAACAAAAAUUUGAACCAAAACAUUCCGUUUACAUUUUAGACAGUAAGUAUCUACGUUCUUGUUAGUACUAUAUCUGUUUUACUGCUUUUAACUUCUGAUAGCGUUGGAAUUAAAACAAUGUCAAGGUGCUGUUGUCAUUGCUUUACUGGCUUAGGGGGAUGGGGGAUGGGAGGGGUAUAUUUUUGUUUGUUUUGUGUUUUCUUUUGUUUGUUUGUUUGUUUUGUUUUUUAGUUCCCACAGGGAGUAGGGAUGGGCAAAGAACUUCAGUGUCUAUUCUGGUUUAUAAAAGAUACACUUAUAUAUUGUAAAGAUGUUUGCAAUAUCAAUCAGAUGACUGGAAAGUGAAUAAAAUUUAAGGCAACUGCAUAAAAUGCUCACACUCCACUUCCCAUGAUGCACCUGCCAGGUCCCCUUCCCCCAGCCCAUUGGAUGUGGGUCAGGGAAAGCAUCUUUUAUUGGAAGGACCUACAUUUGCUCAAAGCACAUUCUUUCCCCUCCUCCCUCUUUGAUCCCCUCUUUGUUUUGCUUCACCUUAAAGAAGAAAAAUAAAUUGCCUGCCCUAAAAUAUUUUACCACUGUGGUGAACAAGUGUACAAAUUGUGUCACAUCGUGACACUCGUGGAAACAGUGAUUUUUAUUUUUUUAAAGAAGAGAAAAAGAACAUCAAGAAGUAACCCAGAAGUCAAGAUUCUUUUUUUAUGAGGAGUAAACAUUUGGGUAAAUCAUGGUAAUGCUUUAAAAAAAUAUGGUUAGGCUUCACGGUGUCUUGCAAGUGAAAGGUAGAGUUCCUUGUGAACUCAGAACCUAGAUCAGAGCAGGAAUCUACAUGCCAGUGAAAUGAGUCUGAACAGCCCUAUGGAGGCUGGGUAGAACAUACCAUUUCCUGGCAAUGCAGGGGGAAUUUUUGAGUGGCCAUCCCAAGGCCUAGGUAGAGGUGGGGAAUGGCACUUGGGACUUUCCAAAAGGAAAGCAUCAGAAGCACCCUUCAGAGGUGACUCUGGAAUGACAUGUGUCAAGUUGCUUGGACCUCAUGCUUUAAGUGCCUACAUUAUCUAACUGUGCUCAAGAGGUUCUCAGCUGGAGAACCAUACCCAAGCUGACUUAUGCCCUCCAUUCCUCUCCUGGAUAAUUGUGCAUAAAGUUGGAUUAGCCUGGAGCAGAUUUGGAGCCAAAUGUGGCAUUUGCUAUCAUGAGAUUAAUGCAAUGAGAUAGAAGCUGUUUGCUACAAGAACACAUACUUGCUUUGAAAUUACACUUGAGGAAACCAGGGUUUUAUAUUUUGAGAACUUUUGGUCAAAGGAGAGAACAGGAAAAGGCCCCCAAACUCAGGCUAAAUGAUCAGGCCUGGAGAGGUAGAAAUCUUGUCCAGAGACAAGACUUGGGAAGGUGUUGCUCCAUGGAAGAGGCCAGAACAGAGUUGACAAAGCUUUGCUCCCCAAGUGAAGGUCACAGCAACCUCCUGCCCAUUCUGUCUGUUCAAGAAGAGGGUCACUGCUUCACCUCUACCAUUUUGGGUUAGGAGAAGUCAAAUUAGGAAUCUGAAAUAGCGUUCCUGGGAAAAGUGGACCCCAGUGAAAAUUAGUGCUAAGCCUAUCUACCCAUUCAGCUCACUUCCACACCUGGAAAUGAUAGUGUUUACCACCUGAAACAGUGUCCUUGAGUGUCAGAAGAAGCUGCAAGCAAUUGCUACAUCUUAGCAGGGUGAGAAAUAAGCAAACAAGGAUGUACACUGUGACCCAGGGAGUGAAGAUGCCAUCAGCAAAUUUCUGUUAUUCAGUCUUUCAUUUCGAAGUAGCCUGUCUUUUAGAGUACCACCUGAGUACCUAUUGUUAAAAGAAGGAAGACUUUAUGUAGUAUAGGUUUGUUUUGUUGUGCUGUUCAACAAUAUUAUCUUUGUAAUUAUUUUUCAUCUGUAAGGAAUGCUUUUGGAAUAUCUGCUGUAUGUUAACUUUUCACAGGUUCCUUUGAGGGACAACAUUUAAAAAACAAACAAGUCCCUAUCCACAAUCUUAAGGUACUGCAAAGGGCCAGAUCUGUUAAAUUUUGCAGGAGACAUUUCAGCAAGUGUGUGGUCAGUGGCUCUCUCUUACCCAAUAAGAUACAUCACAGUCACAUGCUUGGUGGUUUAUGUUGAACUAAGAUUUAUUUUGUUAAACUCUCUCUCUCUGUUGCUGUUCAUUCUUGUUCUGUUCUGUUUUGUUUUGUUUUUAAAGUCUUGCUGUGGUCUCUUUGUGGCAGAAGUGUUUCAUGCAUGGCAGCAGGCCUGUUGCUUUUUUAUGGUGAUUCCCAUUGAAAAUGUAAGUAAAUGUCUGUGGCCUUGUUCUCUCUAUGGUAAAGAUAUUAUUCACCAUGUAAAACAAGAAAAAAAAUAUUUAUUGUAUUUUAGUAUAUUUAUAUAAUUAUGUUAUUGAAAAAAAUUUGGCAUUAAAACUUAACCGCAUCAGAAGCCUAUUGUAAAUACAAGUUCUAUUUAAG